GGUGUGCGCAGGCGCGGAGCUGACGGGACGGACCCGCGGCCGCGGCGCGAGCUGGUGAGAGGGGGCGAAGGUCCGAGGUAGGGAAGGGGGCGACCGCGGGAUGGGGGCUCCUGCAGCCCCGCAGGGCGUCGCCCGCGUCCGGCCCUCCGCGGCCCGCCGGACUGGAUCAGGUGAUGAGGUGGAGCGCCGCGCCGAGGUGAGGUUUAAAGAAAGCCCCUUUUGCUGAAGGAACACAUUUGCUGGUAUAGUUUCAUAAUGUCAAGUACUUUGCCCUUCUGGAUCUUAAAAAAUUCUGCAAGGAACAGCAUUGCCACAUUACAGGGGGGCAGACGCUUAUAUUCAAGGUGUGCCUCAAAUAGAAACGAAUCAAGAUUGAGACUCUUUUCCCAGGUACUAGGCACCAGAAAAAGCAUUGGCCCUUGCAGUGGCUCUGCUCUGCAGAAAGCCUACAGACACACUUCAACAGAGGAAGAUGAUUUUCACUUGCAGCUCAGCCCUGAGCAGGUAAAUGAAGUGCUGCGAGCAGGAGAGUCAGCCCACAAGAUGCUUGACCUUGUCAGUGGAGUCCCAAAUUCGGUGUUACGGUUUGAGAGCAACCAGCUGGCUGCCAAUUCCCCAGUGGAAGACCGGCGAGGUAUCGCCUCUUGCCUGCAGACCAAUGGGCUGAUGUUUGGCAUCUUUGAUGGUCAUGGUGGCCACGCGUGUGCUCAAGCAGUGAGUGAGAGGCUCUUCUACUACAUGGCAGUGUCACUGAUGUCCCAGCAGACCCUGGAGCAGAUGGAGGGAGCCAUGGAAAGCAUGAAGCCCCUGCUGCCCAUCCUGCAUUGGCUCAAGCACCCAGGGGACAGCAUCUACAAGGAUGUCACAUCAGUGCAUCUUGAUCACCUCCGAGUCUACUGGCAAGAGCUACUUGACUUGCACAUGGAAAUGGGACUCAACAUUAAGGAAGCAUUAAUGUACUCCUUCCAGAGACUGGAUUCUGACAUCUCGCUGGAAGUCCAGGCCCCCCUGGAAGAUGAGAUGACAAGGAACCUUUCACUCCAGGUCGCCUUCUCUGGGGCAACAGCUUGCGUGGCCCAUGUUGAUGGAGUUCACUUGCACGUGGCAAACGCCGGUGACUGUCGGGCUGUCCUUGGGGUCCAGGAGGACAAUGGCAUGUGGUCUUGUCUGCCCCUCACCUGUGACCACAAUGCCUGGAACCCAGCUGAGCUGUCACGGCUGAAGGGAGAGCACCCUGAAUCAGAGGACAGGACAGUCAUAAUGGACAACAGACUGCUGGGCGUCCUCAUGCCCUGCAGGGCCUUUGGGGAUGUCCAGCUGAAGUGGAGUAAAGAGCUGCAGCGCAGUGUCCUGGAGAGGGGCUUUGACACUGAGGCCCUCAACAUUUACCAGUUCACGCCUCCACACUACUAUACCCCACCCUACCUGACCGCCGAGCCUGAGGUCACCUACCACCGGCUGCGCCCUCAGGAUAAGUUCCUUGUGCUGGCCUCAGAUGGUCUGUGGGAUGUCCUGGGCAAUGAGGAAGUAGUGAGGCUGGUGGUGGAGCACCUGGCUGAAGCAGGUCGGCACAAGCCAGACCUGGCCCAGAGACCUGCCAACCUGGGCCUUAUGCAGAGCCUGCUGCUGCAAAGGAAAGCCCAGGGGCUCCGUGCAGCUGACCAGAACGCAGCCACACGUCUGAUCAGACACGCCAUAGGGAGCAAUGAGUAUGGGGAGAUGGAGCCGGAGCGGCUGACAGCGAUGUUGACACUGCCAGAGGACCUGGCAAGGAUGUACAGGGAUGACAUCACUGUCACUGUGGUGUAUUUUAACUCAGACUCAAUUGAUGCCUAUUACAAGGGGGGUUAAGAGUCUCCUGUAUGCCCAAGAUUAACUUAAAUGCUUUUCUAAGAUAUUUCCACUUACUCUUAAACUGGCUCUUUAGUCCUUACUGGUAAAAAGGCAGGCAGAUGUAGCUUGCUUAAUAACAAACUGACAUGAGAAAAAAAACCAGCCUUGGUUUAAAAGCAGUAAUAAUGAUUUCAUGUCCUUGUAUGUGUUGGUCACCUCUUCUGCAUAAGGACAUUGUUGGUAAGCCUUCGAUGGGUAAAUUUAGUCAUUGUUCUAAGAAUAUGAAGAACUUCAGGAUUUUCUGAGGUUGUGCCACAAGAUCUGCAAACCUGGCAAUUUCCUCAAUUCACAGUCAUGGACGUCUAGACUAUGAAGGGAAGUUUUGUUUAUUUUUUAAGUUACUAAGACAUAGGUUUACAAAGCAUAUUCUAGAAUACUUUUCUAUGCAAUAUUCUAACUCUUGUGUGUGAUUAUACUUGUGCAAAUAUUUUGUGAUGCUGCAUCCUAGUUGUGUUUUAGUUUGUUCUAAAAUUGAGUUCUCAGACUUGCAAACGGGCCUGCUAUAAGCAUGCUUGGAAUGACUUGUCUUGAUUUUCAGCUGAGGGGAGGUGGCUGGGGAGGGGGGCAGCUAGGCCUCUGGACCAGCUGAAUUCACUUGUGCGGCUUGUGAUCCCUUCCACUGUGUCCCACCCCUUGAACCUUGAGCCAUGUUGGGAGGGAACUUCAGUCUACACCUUAACUCCUGGCCUUCCCUGCAUUAAUGAAAUACCCUCUGGGGCCUAGCCUCUGGGUGGGAGGUUAUUUAGAGCUCUUAGGUUUUCUGAUUAUACCCCUCAAUGUUCUGUGAAUUCCACCUAAUCCUCCUACCUCUGCUGCUGCUGACUGUGCAGUGCUGUCCUGGAGGAAGUCUCCCUCUUCAGAUGGCGGCAGGGAAGGAGUAAUCCAUCACGUAGUGUGGUAGUUGUGACUGAUGUGUGGGCAGGACUGGCUGAUGCGGUGGGUUGUGGACGUAAGAUUCAGCCCGAGUCUGGACAGGUGAAAACAUGAAGGACUUCAGACACUAACCAGGGCUGCCCGUGUGCAUCCUGAGAGGCAGUGACGAAGAGGGCGGGCAGAGUGAGAUUUGUCAGGUGGGACACUUGCUUUGAAACUGUGACCUGAACCACCACGGCUACUCCUCGGGGACCAGACCAUAUUUAGUAUAGGAGUCAGGGCAAAAAUAAAAAUGUGACCCGUAAUAGCUUCUGUGGGCAGCACAUCUUUGUGUUUAUUUCAAAUUAAACCACGUGCACCCUUACUCAGGGAAUGAAUUUCAUGUUCUCGUGAAUUGUGAUGGCAUUUAAACAACAGGAAAUGUGUCCUUAAAUGGAAACACAAAUACAGUCCCACAAAGCUGACAUUUCUGUCUUCUGCACUAUGUUAGUUGAUCCUUCUCCUCAUCUCACCACUGUGUGCCAUCCAUGGGAAGAAAAGGAAGUUUGACUUUUCAUGUCUUGGUGACAUUUGUUCCCGUGUUGGGGUACUUCUAGCCUGGGGACAUUCCCCGGUCUGUUUUCUGGUGUAACUGUUUAGUGAGAGGGGCCUCAUCUCUACUCUGAGCACUUCAGCCUUGGUCUUUUUAUUCUGAAACCAUUAGUGUUCCUUUUGAUCUAGAUCUUAACUGAGAAAUAAAACGUGAAUCAUUACUAUUGUGCUUGCAUGGAAGUUUGUUGCUAGCGCUGAAGACUGCUUGUCUGACAUUCUUUGUUCUUGAUGCCAGCUAAACUCUGGCGCACCCUCGGAGCAUUUACCAGGAUUACAGUGUCUGAAUCCUGUUGGGGAGCCUCGCGUAGGUCAUAAAAUGCAUCUGAUUCAGUAACUCAUGGGACAGCUGAAAGAAUACAGACUUCCCGCCUGCUUCUUCAAGCAUAUCUGUGUUUUUUCUCUCCCCAGUAUUUUUCCUGCUUUCUAAUUGGUAUAUCAAGAUGAAAGAAGGUUCGGUUUAUUGUCUGCCUUUUUCCACUGUGAACUCUCAGCUCUUUCCCUGAAUGUUCCAAGAAGUCUCCUGGUUAAGCCCCAGCAUGUCUGACUCCUUGACCCCAUCUCUGGUGUCAUUGGCCUUUCUGAGACACAUGGGCUAGUGUGUGAGGACGCUGGAAUGUGAGAGGGGUUGGUAGGAUUUGUCAGUCUUCUAAAGCAUCUAUCAUAUCUUUUAUGUAAAGCUUUCGAUAUUGAGGGACACCUGGGUGGCCCAGUGGUUGAGCGUCUGCCUUCAACUCAGAUUGUGAUCCCAGGAUCCUGGGAUCAAGUCCUGCAUCCGAGCUCCCCGCAGGGAGCCUGCUUCUCCCUCUGCCUGUGUCUCUCAUAAAUAAAUAAAUAAAUAAAUAAAUAAAUAAAUAAAUAAAUAAAUAAAUAAACAAAAUCUUUAAAAAAAAAGACUUCAAUAUUGAGACCUUCAAAACGAACUAAAAAAUAAGAUUGACCAUUUAAUAUUUUAGAUGUAACUUUAAUAAAAUAUGCAUUGAUUAUUUAAGUUGCAUAUUAGUUUAGGUAAAAAGCUUUGAUAAUAUUGGCAUAAUAUAGAUACUAUUUUAUGUAUAAAUAACACAACUCUGCUGAUUCUGGGGAUUAGCCAAAAUGGAUAGAGAAGAUGGUAUUAGUUCUAAAUUCAAAACUAGUAUGCUAGGUCGAGUUAGAUUCAGUUUUCUGAGAUAUUAUUUGUAACUUAAAGCUCAUUUGUUAUUUUUUAGAAACUGUUUUUGUUAUAAUGAAAAUGUGAACUUUGAGGUAUGUUAAUAUAUAAACAUUGUUUUCCCAGAAGUGUGAUUGGCCUAAAAGAUCUUUAGCAUUGGACACGCUGGGUAAAAGUUCAGGUUAGACGCAAUUGAGCUGGCACCUUCUGUGCAUAAGUGAAAUAUAAACAGCUUGAACUUGAGUCAGCUAAAGAAGAGAAUAACGAAUUGUAGGGAACAAGAAAAUGUGUUCAGAAUGAGUCUGGCUUGACUCUAUUGUCCAUCAGUUCCUGGUAACCUAUCUUCAUUUGACAGUUCUUGGGAGGCCUUCACUUCCAGACUAAACCAGAGUAUGCUGGAACGGAGCCAUCCUAGCUUCGUCUUAAAGUGGUGCAUUUGUCUCUGUAUAUGACUCCUUCCUCUGGCAGAAGAAGCCCCAGUGUAGCUUUGGAGCUGGGCUAUGAAGGCUGGCAGUACAAUUGUCACGCAAGCCGCCUUGUGUAUCACUGAGGAGGGAACGUGGGCUGCUGUGCCACCAUUUCCUAAACAGGCUGAAGCUCUGUCCCCCAUACCUGGGGCAGCUGAUGUUUAACUUGCUUCCUGGAAAAUAUUUCUUAUCAAGCAUUUACUUGGAAAAAUUAUUAACCAUGUUCAUUAAUAUUUGCUGACAUUUGUAUUUUAAGCUGUAUAGCAAUGUUCUUAUUUGACAAUGAUUUUCUGACUAUUAGAGAUAUUUAAAUGAAACUUUAAAUAAAAGAGGCAAAAUGAAA